AUGGAGCAAAAAGACAUCACCAUCGUAGGCGCCGGAUGGGCCGGCCUCGCGGCCCUGCGCACCAUGCGCGAAACCCACCCCGACGCCUCCCUCCUCCUGCUAGAUGACUCGUCGUCCAUCGGUGGCGUCUGGGCCAAACACCGCCUCUACUCCGGCGUCAAGUCCAACAACAUGCGCGGCACCUACGAGUAUAGCGACUUUCCCAUGGACGACUCGUUCGGCGUGAAGGAAGGCGAGCACAUCCCCGGCGCCGUCAUCCAGCAAUACAUGGAGCGCUUCGUGGAGCACUUCAACAUCGCAUCCUGCAUCCGGCUCUCCACAGCCGUCACAGACGCCGAGCAGCAAGCCGACGACAAGGACGGCUGGAUCCUGCGCACGCGCAGCACCACCGAUGAGUCCACCAGCACCAUCAGCACCAAAAAGCUCGUCGUCUGCACCGGCAUCACCUCCAAGCCCUACAUGCCGACCCUGGCCGGCCAAGAAACCUUCGAGCGCCCCAUCCUCCACAUCAGCAGCCUGCGCGUGCAACAGGACCAGAUCCUGCACGCCGGCAAGACCAUCGCCGUCUACGGCGGCACCAAAUCCGCCUGGGACGCCGUCUACGCCGCCGCCACAGCAGGCUGCAAAGUCGAGUGGAUCAUCCGCGACAACGGCCACGGCCCAACCUGGAUGGCGCCCCCCUACGUGACCCCCAUGAAGCGCUGGCUCGAGAAGCUCGUCACCACGCGCCUCCUCACCUGGUUCUCGCCGUGCAUCUGGGGCCCCGCCGACGGCAGCCCCACCGCGCGCUCCCUCCUGCACAACACGCGCAUCGGCCGCGCCAUCGUCGACGCCUUCUGGAGCACCCUUGAGUCGGACGUCGUCUCCGCCAACAACUACGACGCCCACCCGGAGACAGCCAAGCUCCGACCCUGGAUCUCCCCCUUCUGGAUCGCCUCGGGCCUCUCCAUCCUCAACUACAAGCAGGACUUCUUCUCCCUGCUGACCGCCCCGGACUCCCUCGUCUCCAUCCACAUCGACCGCAUCACCUCCCUCUCCUCAGACGGCACCAUCACCCUCGCCAACGCCACCGACCCGUCCACCCCCACCGACACCGACACCUCCUCCCCCUCCUUCCCCUCCGACCCCGCCACCCCCACAACCCUCAACGCCGACGCCCUCGUCCUCGCAACAGGCUGGCAAGCGCACUCCCCGCCCAUCGCCUUCCACCUCCGCUCCCCCGAAACAACAACCCUCGGCUUCCCCUCCGACCCCGACCCCAUCCCCUCAAGCAUGGUCACCGCCGCAACCGAGAACAUCCUCACCCGCUUCCCGCGCCUCGCCACCCCCCCUCCCAAAAAAUCCGCAUCAACCUACACCCCCCUCGCAUCCAACGCGCCGGCCUCCGCCUCCCAUCCCAUGCGCCUCACCCGCUUCAUGGUGCCGCCCUCUCUCCUAAACACGCACAACAUCGCCUUCAUGGGCCUCGCCAUGACAAUCAACACCACCAUGCUGGCCCAAGCGCAGUCCCUCUGGAUCGCAGCGCACUUCAGCAACAAGCUGCGCAUGCACCAGUGGGAAUCCUGCCCCGCCGACGUGCGCGCCACCGUCCAGAGCGAACUCAGCUCUGCCGGGCGGGACCUGAAGUUCGAUGAGGUCGAUGUGCUGUGGGAGACGGCUUUGCAUACCGAGUUCGGGAAACUGAGAUACCCCGGUGGAUUUGGCGCGCGGAAUCCGGACUUUGUGUUCGAUGCGCUGCCGUAUGUGGAUCUUUUGUUGAGGGAUCUGGGGGUGGGUUGGGAGAGGAAGAGUGGGAUCUUUGGGAGGGUGGUGAAGAGUUAUGGGAUGGAGGAUUAUGUGGGUUUGCUUGGGGAGUGGAUUCGGACUGAGGCUAAGAAGGAGGCUCACAAGGAGGCUGUGGUUGAGAUUAGGGUUGAGGAGGCUCAGGUAUGA